AUGGUCGCCGCCGUUUCGUGCUUGUCAUUUGUGCUGCAAGCUGCUUUCGUUCCUGUUGGUCAAGUCGAGCGCGACUGGGACUGCAGCGAACGUUCCGAUGGUAAUGUAUCAGCAGAUGAUGAGGAAACGAACGGAUGA